UACUUUAAAAUGAGUUCCGAUUGUAUUUGUGUUUUUAAUAUUUAAUAAAAAUUUUGAAUAAAAUUUUUCUUGGCAUUGCCUAAAAUUGUGUGUUUUGUACAAUAUAAAUAUCUAAAUGGUUUUUUUUUAAAUUUUUGUUAAAUUUUUAAAUAAAUUUCAAAGAGAUUCAAGAAAAAUGGAAAACAACAAUCAUAAUAAUACUGGAAAAGAAGGGAAUGAAGAUAUUGAUCAAUGUUUGCCAAGUCCAAACGAAAAUGAAGUAUCUGAAGAAUCGUCUAUGGAAGAGGAUGGAAAAAGUGAAAGAGAAGAAGGGGAAGAAGAAGAAGGGAAUGAAGAAAUAAAUAAUUUAAAUAAAAUUCCAAUAAAUGAAAAAGCUUAUUUGACACAUGAAGAAGCUGUAAUUAAUGUUUUGGAGAAGGGAAUUGCUCCAAAUGAUUUUUUAAAAGGUUGGAGUAAUGAAGACUUGAUGGGUGUUAUAAUUCAAUUAACAAAGCAUAAUAUAGAUGAUGAGGGUGUUAAACAAAUUGCAAAACAUUUUAAGGAUACAACUCAUGAAGAGAUUGUUGAUUGUAUAAAUCAAUGCAAAUCAGUUAAUAAAUUAGCAGAACAGGGAAGAUAUCGUUUAGAAGAAAUGAGCAAACCAGAAGUUGAAUUAAUAAAUAAUAAUCAAAAUCUAAAAGUUUAUUCAAAUUGGGUGUCUUUAGUCGACAAAAUGAAAAAAAUUAGAGGUGUUGGAGAUUGUUCUGGAGAUGUAAUUUCUAUAUUUUUAACUGAAUGUUCUGACGAAGCUGGGACUAGCUUACCCGGAGCGCCUAAUUAUAAAAGAAUUUAUUCUUGUCUUUCACAACUUGUCAAAGGAUAUUCUAUGAAAAAUGCUAGAAUGUUAGAUGAAGCAGUAAUUCUAGACAUUUUUGAGAAUAUUGAAAAAGAAAUUGAUUCGAGACCGGACAUAACUAGAUUCCUCAGAAAAGUAUUUAGAGAUGCUCAAUAUUUGACUGAACAAGAUUUUAGGUUAGAUGAAAUGAAUGAAAAUAAAUUGGAAAAACUUUUUAAUAUUUUUAAUUUUCCAUUUGAUAAAAUCAAAUUUGUUCCAUAA